ACAGGAAGUCCACCAUAAUAGAAGUCGAGUGGAGUUUUUGAAAGUCGAGGAAGAAGGAGAAGAAGAAAAAGAAUAUUUUUCUCGUGGAAUUUUAACACGUAGUUUUGACUUAAACAUUUGUGUGGCUAAACUUACAAGCUUUAAAUCUGUCAUUUAAACGCUGUAAUGGGAAAUAGAAAUUCUACGGAUGAAUCGAUAAGAGCGGGUCAAGAUGUCAUCAAACAAGCAGAGAAUGCCUUCCAUGAGUUGUACCGCUACGUCGACCUCAAAGGCGGUGGUAAACUAGUCACUGCAUUUCGACGAGCACAAACCACGAAAGACUAUACUGAGGUCAAUAAUAUCAUUCAAAAUGAGCUCCGUAGAUUCCUGUACAACGAUGGGAAUGCAAAGCUGGUUCCAGUGGCUGAUAUCGUCACUAUUCGACAAGGAUCAAGGCAACAAGCUUCUAGUUCCAACCCGAAAAAUAUUCAACGAAGUUGGAAACUGUGUGGAUGGAAACCAAUUCGGGUAAAAAAUACUAGUCAAGUUGGUCUUAUCAACGACAGUUUUACUCUGGAAACUCUACGAGAUUUCAAUGGCUGUCAUGAGUAUCGCCAGAUGUGCUGGCAUCUUAAUCAUCUGGGUGCAGUGGGAGAAUCACUUCUGCAUCUGUGUUUUUUGAAUGCUACCAAAGUGCAUUAUGAUCUUGCCAAGAAGCUUCUGUCUGUGUACCCACACCUUAUCAAUGAUAUUUACAUCAGUGAUGAAUACUACGGUGAAAAUUGCCUUCACAUGGCAAUAGUUAAUGAAAAUCUGGAAAUGGUUCAUUUCUUGUGUAAGAAAGGGAUAAAUAUCCACGAAAGARCUUAUGGGGCCUUCUUCUGCCCUGAAGACCAGAGAGAUUCCAGAGAAGAUGAAGAAUCUAAAGAAGCUGYUGAGUUAAAGGCAGAAACAAAUUAUAAAAGCCACACAUACUGGGGAGAAUAUCCGCUAUCAUUUGCAGCCUGUCUUGGUCAAGAAGAUACUGUCAAGUACUUACUACAACGUAAAGCCUGUCCCAAURAACAGGACACCAAUGGCAAUACUGCACUUCAUUUGGUUGUUAUCCACGACAGACCAGACAUGUAUGACUUGAUACUGGACUAUGGGUGCUGGUGUGAUUGUGGUUGCAAUGAGGYGAAAUCAGAUGUCAAAAAUGUUCAAGGUCUGACUCCUUUGACGUUGGCAGCUAAGCUUGCUAAGAAAGAGAUGUUUCAUCACAUCAUUAACAGAGGUUCGAAAGUGUUCUGGGAAUAUGGGGGUGUCUCAUGUGCUGCAUAUUCCCUCAAAGAUUUAGACACAACCGAUUCCCAGGGACACAUUUUAGAAGCAUCAGCACUCAACAUCAUUAUUCAUGAAGAUUCUCGAGAACAUCUGGAGCUGAUCGAUGGAAUAAUUCAUAAGAUUUUGGAUCUCAAAUGGCACAAGGGCUGUAGAUUUAGAUUCUUCCAGCUGCUUCUGUUAUACAUUGUUUAUUUGAUAUUUAUUGGUGUCGCACUGGCUCUAAAGCCUCAGCAUCCAAACUGCAAAGAUACUGUGAAUGCAACUCAUGUCAACCUUUCUUCAAGCAUCAUUGCAACUAAUGGAACAUCCACUGGGGAGCAAUGUGACCCUUGCUACCUAAUUAAGGAUUUUCUCUAUGAAUCAACAAAUCAAAGGGUGCGUUUAGCAUUUGAAAUCCUGUCAACUGUUUGGGCAGUAUCAUUUCUUGUGCUCCUUGUGUUUGAAAUGGUGAUGCAAGGAUUCAAAUCAGUUGUAUUUGGCCUGGUCAAUAACCCGAUCCGAGGCCUGUUUGCCUUGUCCUGUGCUAUUGUCCCGUGUUGUCUGAUAUCACGCUUCAUGUGCCUUGUUGCCUUGGAAGAUCACUUUACAGUCAUUUCUCUGGUUUUGGCAUGGCCUUAUGCCUUGAUGUUUUGCAAGGGGUUCUCUCUCACUGGACCCUAUGUGGUGAUGAUUUACCAGAUGCUCAAAAGAGAUUUCAUCAUUUUCUUUAUCAUUUAUAUGAUUUUUGUCAUAGGAUUUUCACAGGCCAUGUUCUUGGUCAUGCUUGGGUAUUCAGACUCAACUGUGAAGGAGAACUUGUUUUCUCGUUGGUUCUCAUCAGGACUUGGUUUAAUCGUCAUGUCGCUUGGAGAAUUUGGGGAUCUUCACAGCCAGCUAAUGGAAACCAAUUCACCCUUCAAGAUCAUCGGUCUGAUCAUGUUUUUUACUUUCAUGGUAUUUGGAGCUUUAUUGAUCGUUAACAUGCUUAUCGCGAUGAUGGGUAACACUUACUUGGCGGUAGCAGAGACCGAGAAGGAAUGGACACGACAGUGGGCCAAAAUUGUACUAAAUAUUGAACGCAUGCUUACACCAAAGCAGAAGACGAAAUUAAAAAUGAAAUACUGCGAGUCACUAGACAGCAAAGGCGAGCUGUACUUCAUAAUGAAAGUAAGACACCCACAAAAUCGUAAAUAGGUUAGUCUUCUCACUUGAUCUCUUUACUUUGACCAUAAUGUUGCUCCAAUUAACUCCACGUGUCAUUCCCUUGAGUAUAAUUCCUUUCAUUUUCAGAUCAACUGGGCCCAGUUGUACGAAGGGUGGAUAGAUCUAUCCGAUGGAAAAAUCCUUAUCCAAUGGAUAAGUCGAUGCGGUUAUCCAAUAAAUUUAUUCACUGGAUAAGGUUUAUCCGUUGGAUAGCGCUAUUCAUCCUUCGUACAACCGGGCCCAGUUAAUCUGAAAACAAAGGAAUUAUACUCAAGGGAAUGACCACAUGGAAUGGAAUGAAGCAACAGUUUCACUUCUAAAAGGAUUUGAAGUGGAAAAGCAUUACGCCCAAAGGAUAAGAGUCUAUAUCAAGGCAACAAUUAUUUAAUAAUUCGUAAUAUUUGUAGUAAAUUCUUUUAUAUUUAUUCGUCUUAUUAUUUACUUAUUUAAUAUAAGAUAUUGCACAAUUUUGGCUAUCAAAGUACGGUUCAUAAAACACUUAGUCAAACGUCGAACUUCACAUAAGCCGAACCUAAUGACAUCAAAAAAGACCGCCUUGUUUGAAUUAGGUUCGGCUCAUGUGAAGUUCGACGUUUGACCUGAGCCUUAGACAUCUGGUCAAACACAUAGCAUGCAUUCAAUCGAGGCUACAAGGUGCAGGCGCCUCGGUUGAAUGCUUUGUGUUUGGCCAGUGAAUCGGCCAAUAAAUGGAAAAUGGUAAAUUUAAAUUGUAUAAAGCAUGAAUGGUUAAAAUUGUUAUAAAUAAGAUUCGAUAAUAUUUAUCAUUGAAAUAUGUAAAACCACACAUUUUAUAAUAAUAUUAAAUUGUAAAAAAAAUAACUAAAUUAUUGGCACCAAUAAAUUCUAAAUUACCUAACCCUUGGAUUUUACCAAAUGAUUCUGAUUCGUCCAUGUUGGGCUAUUUGUGGC